UUAAACCUCAUCGAAGAAUAAGCUGUGUUGUUGGAUGAAGGAAAGGAAACGGUGUGGCGAAGUCAGAAAUCUAAAACGAGGAGUAAUUGCCACAUUAGAAAACAACACCACAUCCUUUACAUACGGUACGAAGAAAUAAACGAAGAAAAGCCAACUGAGUCCAUCGUUUUUAAAGCGGGGGCCGACAUGUCUGAAACAUACGACUUCCUGUUUAAGUUCCUGGUCAUUGGAAGUGCUGGGGCAGGGAAAUCUUGCCUCCUGCACCAGUUCAUUGAGACCAAGUUCAAGCAGGACUCCAACCACACAAUCGGGGUCGAGUUUGGGUCCAGGGUGGUCAACGUCGGGGGUAAGACGGUUAAACUACAGAUCUGGGACACAGCCGGACAGGAGCGCUUCAGGUCUGUGACUCGUAGCUACUACCGCGGAGCGGCAGGGGCGCUGCUCGUCUAUGACAUCACAAGCCGGGAGACGUACAACGCCCUGACCGACUGGCUGACAGACGCGCGGACGCUGGCCAGCCCCAACAUCGUCAUCAUCCUGUGCGGCAAUAAGAAGGACCUGGACGCGGACCGAGAGGUCACCUUCCUCGAGGCGUCCCGCUUCGCACAGGAGAACGGUAACUGUCUUGUCUGUCCAUCUCUCACCCUUCUCUCCUCUCCUCAGGCCGUUUCCCUGGCUCUCAUUUCACAACUGUCUCUCACCCUUUCUCUCACCGUCACUCUCACCCUUCACUCCUCUACUCAGGCUGUUUCCCUGGCUCUCAUUUCACAACUCUCUCACCCUUUCUCUCACCCUUUCUCUCACCCUUUCCGCACUCCAUCGCUCCCCUUUUUUCCUUUCUCCCCUUUUUAGUCAACUCUAAUCUCAGGUAGUUGUAAUUUCCACAAGUUUUUAAACCUGUAUUAGUUUCAUUGGGAUUAGAGUAUCGAGUUGACUGACUGACUGUUACAGAACUGAUGUUCCUGGAGACUAGUGCUCUGACAGGGGAGAAUGUGGAGGAGGCCUUCCUCAAAACAGCCCGUACCAUCCUCAACAAGAUCGAGUCAGGUGAGUUGGACCCAGAACGGAUGGGUUCAGGUAUCCAGUAUGGAGAUUCUUCUCUGAGGCAGCUGAGACAGCCCAGAGGUACCACCGCACAGACCAAGCAGCAGUGUAACUGCUAGGGGCCGGACCUCACCCUCACUCUUCAGCCCCACUCCCACAUGCACAGGACGUGCCCUAAAGCUCGAGGUGUUUUGGGAUGUGCAGGACUCUUCCCCUUAUCCCUUCUGAAACCACUUACACACGUACAGCAUACCUUGACCAGUCGCCAUGGAGAUGACCUGCAACUCCUGACCAUUGGUAAGAGACUAUACUUCCUGCCAAGGGAGGUUACCCUGGGUCCUAGGCUGGGAAACCCUGUGGUGGGAACAUAAGAAGAGGAGUCCAUAUCUGGGAUGACUGUCAGGGGUUAUGUGUAGGAGAUUUCCUGUUUUUACCCUACCUUUGUGGUUUUUAUCAACACAUGCUUACACACACACACACACACACACACACACACCACCUGUAACAAAGUCCAUGAAGGAUGAAAUGCAAAACAAACUUCCUCAUUCAUACGCAGCCUGUUAGACUGCACUGUCAGGUUGCUUGAUGAUUGAAGUUCUUAUGUUUUACCCAUCACAGCGGGAGCCACUCUCCAUUUGUCUGUUUUUAUGAGCUGAUUUUGAACCUUUGUUUGCACUGUACUUCUUAUCAAGCCUGCUUGUUCACCUUCUGAUAACUGGGGCAAACCUAAGUCUCCCCAACCCGAGCUUGACUGCUCUGCAACCCCGAAAAGAGCCAUUUUCCCACAACACCCAAGCAUGAGCAGAUAUUGGGUCAGUUGUGAAUGCUUCCUCAAUUAUUGUCUGACCCAUUUCCCUUGAUUCUUCUCCCGGCUUCAGAUGUACACUUGUAACUGAUUCCACCGGUCUAAAUGUUACCACAUGUAACUCGACCUCGGGUAUAAAUGGUAUUGAUUCUAAUCUAAUGGACAACUUGUCCAAGGUUUGUUUUCAAUUCAUGCAAUUUAUCAAGUGGAGUACUGGCCUUACAGGAACAUUUCUUGACAUUGUAGAUGUAUACUGUCCACCCCCCCCCCACCCCCAAGUCCACAUGUUUCCGAUCAGUCAUUACUAGCACCCCCCAAAGGGAAAUCGAUCCACUCCAUGAGGCAAUCAGAAAGGCCUGCGGGUCAUGUCCAAAGCACAAUGGUGAGUAAGGUUUCAGUUCAGUCUUUUCUUAUGGUUUUCCAAAGGACCCCUUGUUAUUCCCCAUUAUCAGCUGCAUAUCUAAUGUUACUGCUUGCCUUUGCGAUGUAAAAUGCUACACUCUUGCCUCGUUCUCCGGCACUAUCGCGCCCCUGGGGAGGUUAUCUCUGAGAAUCGUACCCCCAUCUUGGCCCUCUUCAUUUCUCUGCUGCUCUGAGUUCACAUGUAAAGACCGGUCACCGGGAGCUAGACUGGUUUCAGUGUCACUAGUGGGAAAUAUUCAGGUUACAGGGCCAGGCGGCUGUCUAAGAUUCAAAUGCACUUUUUGUUUUUACAUGUCUUACACAUGAAGUCUUGCCUCUUCCACCUAUCAUUUUCUGUGUGUCAUAUAGAAUCGGGUUAUGAAACAUUUAGAAUUUCAGGCCCCAUGUACCCUUACCUAAUUCCUAAGCAAUGCUACUGUUUGCACUCCACUAAGAGCAGGUUGUUACACUGAACCAGCAUAGAGAAGAUGGCUAUCAAAAUGCCACUGUGACAUCAUCCUGAGAAAGAAUGGUCCCAUUUUGUGUUUAAAAAAAGUCUGCUUUAUUUUUGUUUCUCUUUUGCAAGUGCCACUUUUUUUUAAUUGAGAUUGUUUAUAUACUGUAUCCAUAGAAUUGUAAGAUUUGUAUUGAUUGAAAAAUAUACUGUAAUAAAAAGAGCAAUUGGAAGUUAGUCAUUCCUUACUGAAGAACAACUGAGGGUUUUGUCCUUUCUCUCCAAGUGUUGACUGACCUGCCAGCCAGCUGUUCUAUUUUCCCUCUCCAGGGUUGUAGUAAAAUGAUCCCCUCUGCAAUUUUAUGUUGACCCAUUUGUCUGCUGCCGUUGUAGGGACGAUGUAACACUUGGGAGAUUUACUGUGACUUCCUGAGCCCGUGUUUGUGUGCAGACCACAGACUGACCGCAAAUCAGUCAGUCGGGUCUCACGACAGUAGUGUUGCACUCCAUGCUGCUCGACCCUAAUACCAUUGAACCCUGGUCUCAAAAUGCUGAGUAUUCUAUUGGCUGCAUCGUUAAGAACUUAAUCUUUGGGCCAUCAGCCUAUUAUUAACUUAGUCUGUCCUUAACGUCUCCUGUCCUUUCUCCACUCGGAACGGAGCAGAAACUCAGUUGUUGCUUAGUAACCAUUUUAAGAACUACUGUACAUCUGAAUAAUCUAUGCUGUAAAUAAUAUUUGUUUGUCUAUUGGAUUGUUUUUGGCAGGGAAGGUUUGCUUGUUCAUUUUAAAGGUCUAUUCGAAAUCAA